AGUGGAGUAGAAUGGAUGACAAAACCCUGAGAUUUUCUUCUCUUGAUCACAUGAAAGAUGUGCAAGUAUACUUUAUUCAAGUAUGGAUAUCCAUCAAACCUACUAUAUCUUUACAAAGAAGAGUGUCAAGAAAUAACCACUGCAAAAGAUAUCUUCCUUAUAAGAUGAUAGCUGUUCAACCCCAACCCAAAAAGACUCCCGUAGCAGAAUAUUUACAAACCUCACAAGACACACCAACUUCACUCACUCGUUACUUGUUGGAAGUAGCCAAACAAAAUAAGGAUAUGGGAGAUAUGGUGGCAUUGAUAAACGGUAUUCAAUUUGCUUGCAAAAAGAUAGCUUCAUUGGUUGGUAAAGCAGGGGUCACUGACUUGAUGGGAAUCUAUCAACAAGGCAUAGUCAACGUUCACGGAGAAGAACAGAAAAAGUUGGAUGUUCUUUCUAAUGAAGUAUUGAAGAACGCUCUCAAAUAUUCGGGAAAAAUGGCUGUCAUAGCUUCGGAAGAAGAAGACGUUCCUAUCAUGGUAGAAGAAAGUUAUUCCGGUAACUAUGUAGUCGUGUUUGAUCCAUUAGAUGGUUCUUCCAAUUUGGAUGCUGGAUUGCCUACUGGAACUAUAUUUGGAGUGUUUCAACAACAAUUCUCGUGUCUCAUUCAUGACUAUGAGGAGUCCAUCGAUAACAUGGAAUUGGCUUGUUUACAAAACACUUUACAACCAGGACGUAGAUUGAUUGCCGCUGGAUAUUGUAUCUAUUCUUCUUCUACCAUGUUGGUACUCUCAUUGGGUAAUGGUCUUCAUUGUUUUACUUUGGAUACGGAAGUUGGUGAAUUUGUAUUGACUCGUGCUAACAUCCAAAUUCCACAAAGAGGUAAUAUUUAUUCUUUCAACGAGUCCAACUUUUAUCAAUGGGAUAAAGGAGUUCAAGAUUAUAUAGAGAGGUUAAAAAAAGGAAACAAUCAAACAAAUUGUCGUUAUUCCGCAAGAUAUGUUGGCUCCAUGGUUGCUGAUGUACAUCGUACAAUAUUGUAUGGCGGAAUAUUUGGUUAUCCAGCAGAUAAAAAGAAUGUCUCUGGUAAAUUGAGAUUGGUAUAUGAAUGUGCACCGAUGGCAUAUUUGGUUGAACAAGCAGGAGGUAAAGCAACCACGGGAAUAGAAAAUAUUUUAGAUUUGACACCAAAAGAUAUUCACGAAAGGAAGCCUCUUAUAUUAGGUUCUCCAGCAGAUAUCGAAGAAUUUCUGCAAGUAUAUGGAAUGUCACGAGUUGAUAGAGAAGAUAUGCAUAUGUGGGAUAACUUGAGUAGUUUAUAAGAUGAAAGAGGGUUGAUGGAAUCGUAUAUGGUUUUCUUUACAAGUCUUUGUUAGUCAAAUCAUCUUCAUAGUAACAUAUAAAAUGUUGUUUUCUCCA